GAGUCGGAUGGGCGCAAUUCUGCUCGACUGUAGCAUUGGCAACUUACUAUAGUUCACUGAUGGCAUUAACACUUUAUUAUCUGAUCGCAUCUUUUUCCGCCGAAUUGCCUUGGGCUACCUGUCUGAAGGAAUGGGGUGACGCAUGUGUUGAUUCGAGUACCAAAAGGAAUCACAGCGCAGAUAAUGCAGCAGAAGAAAAUAUUGACAUUCUAAAUAAUUUCUUAAACGGCAGCAAUAAGUUUCAAAGCUCGGCUGAACUAUAUUUUUUACGAGUGGUGUUACACGAGAAGAAGAAUAUUUAUGACGGAAUCGGUUGGCCAGACUGGAAGUUAACGUUAUGUCUACUUGGCAGCUGGACGACAGUCUGCAUGGUGCUCUUUCAGGGUGUAAAGAGCUCAGGAAAAUUUUCUUAUUUCCUAGCUAUUUUCCCAUACAUUAUACUGCUCGCACUACUAGUUCAUACGAUUACUCUAGAUGGCUCAAUGGACGGAAUCUUGUAUUUCAUCACUCCGAAAUGGUCCAAACUUCUGGAGCCGACCGUUUGGUAUGCAGCCGUGACCCAAUGCUUUUUCUCACUCUCCGUCUGUUUUGGCAGUAUCAUCACGUACUCCUCACAUAAUAGUUUUAAGCACAACAUUUACAGAGAUGUCAUAAUAAUUACUUCAUUGGAUACGAUUACGAGUAUGGUAGCCGGCUGCACUAUAUUCGGGAUCCUCGGUAAUCUGGCGUAUGAAUUAGGGGUGCAAGAUAUAUCCAAAGUGGUCAAAGGCGGAGCUAGUUUAGCAUUUGUGUCUUAUCCCGACGCUAUAGCGAAAUUUAACUUUCUACCGCAGCUAUUCGCCGUGCUUUUUUUUUUUAUGAUGUUUGUCCUUGGUGUCGGCAGCGCGGUAGGAAUGACCACGGGCAUCAUCACAGUGAUAAACGAGCAGUUUCCAAGCUUAAAAAUGUGGCAAAUCGUAGUUCCAACCUGUUUGCUUGGUUUUUCAAUCGGCACAGUCUACGUAACACCGGGCGGGCAGUUUAUAUUAACUUUAGUAGACUAUUAUGGUACGUCAUUCGUCGUUUUCAUUCUGGCGUCAUUUGAGAUGACUGGAGUGGUAUGGUUUUAUGGUCUAGAGAACUUUUUGGAGGACUUGGAAUUUAUGCUGGACCGAAAGCCAAGCGUCUAUUGGAGGAUAUGCUGGUUUAUAGUGACGCCGUUUAUAUUGAUAACAAUCUUCAUUUAUACCAUAGCCACCUUAACGCCUUUGACCUACGGUGGAACAUCGUUGCCGGGAUACGCGCAUGCCAUUGGAUGGACAAUACUCAGCAUUGGUGUUGUUCAAAUACCGCUAUGGAUGCUGAUUGCGAUGUUAAAGAAUCGAAAAUUGCCGUUUAUACAGAUGUUAAAAAGAGCUUUCGCACCUGUGAAUGGGUGGGGUCCACGGGAGAUUCAGCAACGUAAGGACUGGAGGAUCUUUAAGGAAGAGAGAGCGAGAGAUCGCGAGAAGAGGAUCCAACCAAUCUGGAAACAAAUACUCUACGUUCUUUUAAACAUGAAACCAAUAUAGAGUAAUUUUAUAUGAAUUUAAAAUACUAUAAAGUUCUUCGAGUUUUUACAGUCGUUUCUGCCGCGGCGGGAUCCGUGAGGCAAAACGACGAUAUAUUAUAGAUUAACGAAUACAAAAAAAAUGUUUUGUUCUUUAAUUCUUUAACUGCAUGUGGAUUUAUAGAAAACUACUUUUUUAUUAUUUAAUCUUACAAGUAAUUGAGAAGAAUAACUAGAGA